AUGAUAGCGAUUGCACUCCUCUAACAUAUGCUGAUGAUGUUUCCAGUCAUACUGUUGCUCACGGCCACACUCUCUCAUUCAAUCGGACAAGUCGAAUCGCAUGAAGAAUCGGGCGUUUGGAGCUGCGAUUCGCAACCUGAGAUCCGAUUGCAAGCUGACUUCAGGCCCGGAGUCAUCACUCUCGACGGACAUAUUCAAGAUUGGAAGGAUAUAGAAGGCUCAGAAUUCUCUCUAUUACCUGCCCUUGAUCCAGAUGUCGAUAAAGAAUACAGAGGUGGAGAAAUGACAAUCAAGGCUUUGCAUGAUGGUAGUGAGGUUUUCUUCAUGUUACAAGUUGAUGGAUCUUACACGUAUUUGAAAGGCGAUAGUCAUAGAUGUGCAUCUGUUGCUCUUAUGUUUCAGAUUGGUGAGAAUGCAACAUAUUACAAUAUGGGUGGAUGUAGUGAGGCACCUGAUACAUGUACCAGCAAAACCUGCCAUGGACAUGAAGUCGACAUCAUGCAUUUUGCAACUGGAAAUGCCAUUCCAGGUCGACUUUAUGGUAGUAAUCCUCUUGACAAUAUAAAUGGAAAUAGAGGCAAUAGAUUUGGCCAUUUGGAAGAUGUCUAUGCAUGGAAUCCACACUGUCGCUAUCUUGAUGGAAUGGGUCCUUCAGGAAAUGUCUCAGCUACAAAACAUAACUGGAAAGGAGUGUGGUGGCAUAGCAGCUUCACUCGUUCCUCUGGUUUUGUGGAGGAAGACAAUCCAUAUGGAUCAGAAGGACAAUCUGGUGCAUAUUACUUUGAGUUUUCGAGACCUUUUAGGACAAUGGAUCGUCUACAACAGGAUGUUCAAUUCACCAUAGGAAGAACCAGCAAAGUUUCAGUAGCAUUUUGGUAUCCUGAGGAUGGAAAACCAUGGCAUGCAUCUGGACAUUACUCUAUUGGUUGUGACUGGAUAGGAUUUGAUGUUCUUCCAAGUGAAGCCAUCAUGCCCACAAAGGAUUUGCAGAAGAAUCCUUGGGAUGUAGCCAUGGCUUUCUCAUUGUUGUUCUCUGUUGUCGCGUUCUGUCUUUCGGUUUUUGUUGGACAUAGAUUCUCCUCGUUUACUAAGUCCAAGGAUGUUUUCAUCCCUUUAGAUACUUUUUAG